UACAAAUCAUUUUGUGCCACGACCGACGACAAGCGUCCAUUCAUUAUUGUUCAUUUGUGUUCAUUAUAGCCAGCGUCUGUACAACUAUUCUCCAGUGAGGCUGCUAUAAUUUCCUCUUUAUAAUUUUUAAUUAUAAAAUUAAUAUUUAUUUUUUUCCUUUAACAAAAAACAAACUAUAUACAAUUAUCAACGAAAAUGGCUCCCAGUGCACAAGAAGUUCCAAAAGAAAAACUAGAAACUCCUCCUCGAGGAAUAAAUGCUGUGUUACUUGGUCCACCCGGCAGUGGUAAAGGCACUCAGGCUCCUAUUUUGAAGGACAGGUAUUGCGUUUGCCAUUUAUCAACAGGAGACAUGUUGAGGGCGGAAAUUAAAUCGGGAUCAGCAAUUGGAAAAAAAGUCAAGACCAUAAUGGAAGAAGGAAAAUUAGUGAGUGAUGACCUUGUGGUUGAUAUGAUUGAUAAGACACUGGAUACACCUGAAUGUAAACGUGGUUUUCUCUUAGAUGGUUUUCCAAGAACUGUACCUCAAGCAGAAAAGUUAGAUGAGAUGCUUAAUAAAAGAAAAACAAAACUUGACGCAGUCAUUGAAUUUGGAAUUGAUGAUAAUCUUUUAGUUAAGAGAAUUACUGGCAGAUUAGUACAUCCAACAAGUGGACGAUCCUAUCAUGAAGAAUUUGCUCCACCUAAAGUCCACAUGAAAGACGAUGUGACAGGUGAGCCUCUAAUAAAAAGGUCAGAUGACAAUGCAGAAACAUUGAAGAAACGAUUGGCUAACUAUCAUACACAAACUCAACCUCUAGUCGACUACUAUGCUCUUCAGGGAAUUCAUAAUUACGUAAAUGCAACAAAAACUAGCGAACAAGUUUUUCGUGAUAUUGAUAAAAUUUUUAUGAAUUCGAUUAGAAAGGAUCAACCAAAAAGCUUCUUCAGUCGGCUUUUCUCUUAAUAACAUGUGCAUAAAAAAAAAAAAAAAACCAAAAAGUAUCUGUCCGUAAACUUUUAACAUCAGAACAAUUAUUUGUAAAGUUUACGAGAAAAUUUAGUUUCACGAGAAAAAAAAAAUGUCGUGUUUAAUGAUAAGUAGUGAUAUUCCAGAAGAAAUAAUUCCAGAUAGCAGUGUAAUAUUCGCUCAAUUUCAAUACAUUGAAAAAAUAAGUUGAUAUUUCAACUUGAACGAAAUAAUUGUCUAAAUUAGCUUACACAACUUUAAUAGCACAAUGACUAGUUUUCACUGAUGUAAAAUUUUUGUGGGAAAAAUGAUGGAUUUGGAUUAAAAAGAAAAAAAAAAUUGUUAAUGGCACGCUUUGCUAAAUAUAUACAAAACAAAAAUAUAUAAAUAAUUAUUUUGUUAGAAUCGCGUUGUACUUACAGGGAAAUGGUAUAACAAAAUUUAAUUCUUGUUGAGAAUUAAAAAUCGAACUUAGCGACCUGAUUAAAAACAAAUCUUUAAAAAGCGAUAGAAAUUUAUUUUAGAAACACAAAUAAAUUAAUAUGUAUUUAGAAAAUCGAAUUGCAUGGUGCUGUUUAUUUUGCAUAAUUGGAGGCAUAUUUAAAAAGAAAUAGUAUAUAAAGCACUGAGAAUUUAUCGACAAAAAAAAAAGCUGACCAUUGUCGUCAUAUAACCUUCAUUUUAUUCAAAGAGACAGAUUCUAUUUCAGGAUCAAAGAUCUGAAUUCAAUUGAUUAUAUAAUUUGCCUAAUAUUAAUUUACCCUUCAUUUGUACCUGCGUGAUGUAUUAUAACAUCUAUGAGUGUUUUAAAAAAUUUGAUUACACUCCAAAAAAAUCAAUUUUUCAUUCAAUAUAUAAGAUAUAUAUUUAGAGAUUAAAGUUUUGAAUAAUUAUUUUGUAUUCUAUUUUUUAUAGUCAGUUUGUGGAUCUCGAUUUAUUAUUGUAUAUUUAUUUAAAAAUUAUUAUUUCGCACACUAUACAAUGUUGUACAAACUAUUUUUGUAAUCAAAUAUGAAUUAUUAUGAAAGUUUAUUUGUUUUCGAAUGUACAUUUGUAAGGAUUUUUUUCUUAAAUAUGAGUGGUCAGCAUGUAAAAAAAAAAAAUAUAUAAAAACGUGCCUCUUGCAUGCCUACGCAAAUUUCACAAAUAUGCCUAUAGAAUUAUAGUCGAUUAAUUUACCUAUAGUAAAAGAACAAACUUUUGUUAAAGUGUUACAGACAAUGUGUACAGAAAUAUUAUACAAUGUAUGGAAAAAUGUAAAAAUUAAUAAAGCCUAAACAAAAUAAUAA